AUGCACUUCCCGUCGUUACGAGCCAUCCCGACGACUGCUGUUCUCGCCGCAGGAGCGCAGAGAGGCUGCGCGCCGCACCGUCAAUUCCAUGCGUCAGCCCGCCGAUGCAGUGGCCUUGGCAACGGUGGCCGUCCAUCCGAAGAGUCAACGACCGAACAGGACGGCGAGGCGGAGGCGCAGGGCACAGGAGAAGCCUCUGGCGGACGAUCGCGGUCGGCUCUAGCGAGCUCACUGAGAACUCGACAAACUCGUCGCAAGCCCGCGUCUGCUCUACCCCCGGUCGAGCUGCCGAGUAGCUUCCUCGAACAUAAUAUCACGAUAUACGACGAAGCAAAGCAACCCAGGCUUCCGCCCGCGCUGGCAGAAGAUACCAAGCGCGAAAAAAUAUCUCGCCUGUUUCUCGCCCCAAAUAGCGAUACCCACGCAUCGAACGAAGCUAUUGAAAACUAUUUCGAAACGGCCGUCGAGAAACUGCUCCUUCGAAACUGCGAAUUAGCCACCGACUUUACACAAUGCCAAACGGAGGAGGACAAGGCCAGAUGGGAGUCCCCUGACACCAUUGCCAGAGUCGUCAGAAUAUGGGAUAUGAUACUGGACGCCUCGUGGCAUCUGACUGAUGCUCUGUAUCCUGCCCGCCAAGCAGAGUAUGUCUAUAAGAAGCGGCCAUUUUGGUGGUGGCACGUCCACAAAGACUUUGACCAUCGAAGCAAUGGCUUUCGCGACCAAUUUGUCUCCCUCGGGGUGUCACUUGACCACCACCUGACUGCUGGAGAGCAUCUUGAUGUACCUCUGUCCCACGCGCUCGCUAGUUUCCAUGUAGAUACCUUUGUGGCCAUACAAAGCUCUGUCGCGCGCGAACUGAAUGCGAAACCACCCUCAAAUUUCGACGCCAAGACUGGCAAGCGCCCCCUCAACAUCCUAUCGCUCUCAGGCUACGGUGGCAAGGCUGUUGCGCAAUCGAUUGCUGCGCAAAUAGCCCAUGGGGGCUUCGACCUGGUGCACUUGGACGCUCAGGACUUAUCGGUCCUUGUCGGCGAAUAUCUGGGCCAGCACUGGGCGUAUUCCCGUGGCGCAGUGUCCAUGAUGGGCUUCCGCGCAGCUGAGCUCAGCGGCAGGCUUGCCCAGGAUCCGGAGAUCACCCUCAGACAGGCAUCAGAAGAUGAUGACAUGGACUCGGAAUCAGUCUUGAGCGCACGCGUUGCAGCAGCAGGAAAUUUGGAGGAAGAUCUCCAGAAGCUGAAGCAAGGGGGCUUUGACUGCUUCGGAAAAUGGGAUGCACUGAAGAUUGACAAGAUUCUGGAUCACAUCAUUCAAUCAGCUCAGAGUAAAGAAACGCCCGGCAAUCGGCCGGUGCUCCUCCACCUGCACGACGUCGUUGAGCUGUCUAUGACCCUGGAAGGAUCAUUCAUCUUGGCUCGCUUGCGUGCCCUCCUCGAUGCUGCUUGGCAAAAUGGCACCCAGAUUGCUAUGUUCGCAACGUCUUCGAGCGAAACUCCCUCGGACGAGUACCAGAACGCCGUUCGUGACCUGGCUUUUGCGGAGUUUGUCGUCAGUCGUCACCUACAGUUGAACGCAGGCAACAUGGUCAAGCCUCACAAGAAGACGCAAGGCGAGCUUCCCGCUGACCUGCAGACUACUGAUUACUUUUUUGAGAAUAUUCAAAAUAUUCGACGCAUGAUGCAUGCUCUUCAGCCAAACAGCCAGAUCAGCACAGAACCCGUCGAGGCAACGUUGCUUGAAUACUUACGUUCUGCCAAUACACACCAGUCAACUUUUCGACGAGGCAUUCUGCCGAUCCCCGAGGUAUAUCAUCUGGCGCAGGCGUUGAACUCGAAUAGCACAGACAUUGAGGGCUCCGCUCGCAGCGCGUUCAUGGAACGAUUCAUCAUGGGCCCCUUGCGAACACAACCGGGCCAGAAACACCUGGAUGAAGAGCCCCAUGAACAUAUCUUCCCGGCUGGUGAAACUCAAGGCUCGAAUGAAGACGUCAAGUCGGAAACCAGAGCACCGGCAAAACUGAACGAAUACGAGAAACGUAUACAAUCCGGCUUGAUUAACAAAGAAAAUUUACGAACUAGCUUCGAAGAUAUUCACGUGCCUCCCGAGACUAUCACAGCCCUCAAGCUCCUCACCUCGCUGGCGCUGGUUCGGCCUGACGCCUUCUCAUACGGUAUCUUGGCAGCAGACAAGAUACCAGGCUGCCUGCUCUAUGGUCCUCCCGGAACUGGCAAGACCAUGCUCGCAAAAGCGGUUGCUAAGGAGAGUGGUGCGAACAUGCUGGAAAUCAGUGGCGCCACGAUCAAUGACAAGUGGGUUGGCGAGAGCGAGAAGCUGAUCCGCGCUGUCUUCACACUUGCCAAGAAGUACUCACCUUGCGUCGUCUUCAUCGACGAGGCAGACUCGCUGCUGGCAAACCGCAGCAUGUUUAGCAACCGACCGUCGCACCGUGAGCAUAUCAACCAGUUCCUCAAGGAGUGGGAUGGCAUGGAGGAGACCAACGCCUUCAUCAUGGUGGCGACCAACCGACCGUUCGACCUGGAUGACGCCGUCCUCCGACGCCUCCCGCGUAAGCUCCUAGUCGAUCUUCCCCUUCGCGACGACCGCGCUGCCAUCCUGAAGUUGCUCCUCCGCGAGGAGACUCUGGACAACUCCGUGUCUAUCGACGACUAUGCUGAGCGGACGCCGUACUACUCGGGCUCCGACCUGAAGAAUGUCUGCGUCGCGGCCGCCAUGGCCGCGGUGGAGGAGGAGAACGAAAUGGCUGCGCGGCACACGGGCCCUGAGCCGUUUGCGUACCCGGAGCGGCGCACGCUGCGCGCGGAGCACUUUGAGAGCGCCUUGCGCCAGAUCCCGGCGAGCAUCAGCGAGGACAUGGCGUCGCUCAAGAUGAUUCGCAAGUUUGAUGAGGAGUAUGGGAAUCGCAGGCGGGCGAGGAAGAAGUCGAUGGGCUUUGGGAUUUUGGAGGAGAAGCUCGUGACGGACGCGAAUGAGGCGCGCAUUCGGAGGUGA